AUGUUCUCGACUAGAGACGCCAGCCAGCGUUCAGUUCAGAGCGACGUCACAUCGCCAGCCAGAAGACCUCCCCCACCUGCUCCGAGCUCAGCAUCAAGCACCGCUGGAUCUGGAACGACCACUCCUCCGAAGCCUCAGCCGCCUUCGCGCAAACCGUCUACUACAGACAAGGCCCCUGAAAAGACGCCUGCACCAUCUGUCAAGGGUCAGAAGUCCGCCAACGGCACGGGGUACUACUCGCAGCGCUUCGUCGUCAAUAUGGAGGUCCAGGGCGGUCACGAGCACCAUUUGAAGUCGAGUAGGAGGCAAGAGAAAUUGACCGACAUGUUCAAAGGCCUAUUGGGCAAGAAGGCAGAGCAGGUACCAGAGCACGAUCUGUCCUUGGUCUCAAGUUGGGUCGAUACUCUCAAGCAAGAGAAGGACUCGUUAGCAGGGGACAAGAAGAAUGGACCCGCUGUUACGGCUACCCUGGUCGAGAAGUACGGCAAAUGUCAAGAAGUUGUGGGACGCGGCGCCUUUGGAAUUGUGAGGAUAUCGCACAAAAAGCUAGACGGUGCAGGCGGCGAGAAACUGUUUGCCGUCAAGGAAUUUCGACGCCGACCAGAGGAGACCGAAAAGAAGUACAGCAAGCGUCUGACUGCUGAAUUCUGCAUCUCAUCCUCCCUUCGCCACCCGAAUGUUAUUCAUACCCUCGACCUUCUUAAAGAUGCGAAAGGCGACUACUGCGAGGUCAUGGAGUUCUGCGCCGGCGGUGAUUUGUACACCCUGGUCCUUGCUGCUGGCAAGUUGGAGGUGCAGGAGGCAGAUUGCUUUUUCAAGCAGAUGAUGCGCGGUGUGGAGUAUAUGCAUGAGAUGGGAGUGGCCCACCGUGACCUAAAGCCAGAGAAUCUUCUUUUGACUACUCACGGUGGUCUCAAGAUUACCGACUUUGGCAAUGGUGAAUGCUUCCGCAUGGCAUGGGAAAAUGACGCACACAUGGUCUCUGGCCUUUGUGGAUCUGCUCCCUACAUUGCUCCCGAGGAGUAUGUUGACAAAGAGUUUGAUGCCCGAGCUGUUGAUGUCUGGGCUUGCGGUGUUAUUUACAUGGCAAUGAGGACUGGACGGCAUCUAUGGCGAGUGGCAAGAAAGGACGAAGACGAAUUCUACGCCCGCUAUCUGGAGGGCCGGAGAGACGAAGAAGGAUACGGACCCAUCGAGUCCUUGCAUAGGGUGAGCUCGACCCAAAUCCCGUGCUAUCUGAUUCGUGAUGCUAACAUGACCAAGGCACGAUGCCGCAAUGUGAUCUACUCAAUAUUAGAUCCUAAUCCCACCCGCAGGAUCACUGCAUCCCAAGUCCUCAAGUCAGAAUGGGGCAGGGAAAUAAAACUUUGCAAGGCUGGGGAAGAGGGCCUCUAA